UUUAUAUAACCCCCAAACAUUUUCCAACAUAGUAUGCAUGCAUGCCUCUUGAAGUUAAAGCUUGCACGCUCAUCAGGUACUACGUACUCGUUUUCAGAUUCCAUUAGUACACAGCUAGCUAUAGCAAUCUGAUUAUUAUAUCAGUGCUAAUUAGAUUCUGAACAAUGACUCAUUAUGAGCAAAACCUUGUGAUGAUUGUCAUAUUCAUCGUCUUGGGAAUUCUAGCAUCCCAAGCCACAUCCCUUGCAUCGUACAAAACCAUUUCCCAGCUUGCUGAUAAACAUGAGCAAUGGAUGGCUAAGCAUGGGCGCAAGUACCCAGAUAGCAAAGAGAAGGAACGACGUUUUGCCAUAUUUAAGAAGAAUGUGGAGUUUGUCGAGAAAUUCAAUAACGAAGGGAACACGACCUACACGUUAAGCGUCAACAAAUUUUCCGAUAUGACCAAUGAAGAAUUCCUCAGGCAUCAUGCUGGGUUCAAAAUGCGUGCCGGCACAAGUUCAACAACUUCAUCUGAAGAUGUAUUGUCCAGUGACAAAAGCGGGCGAAAUACGAGCAGUCAUCCUAUUCCAGCACGCAUUGACUGGAGGGAACAUGGGGCCGUCACUCCUAUAAAGGAUCAAGGGCCUAAAUGUGGUGCGUGCUGGGCAUUUACGGCGGUUGCUGCUGUGGAAGGAAUUACAAAAAUCAAAACCGGCAAAUUGAUCUCACUGUCGGAGCAACAGCUUGUGGACUGUGACGUGAAUAACCAUGGUUGUGAGCCUAGUGACAUUGAUGUUGCUUUAGAAUACAUCCAACACAAUGGAGGAAUCACCCAAGAAAAUAAUUACCCAUACCGGGGCAACGACAACAAAGAAUGCAACGCAAAAAAGGCAAGUCAGCAUGCUGCCCAUAUAACUGGCUAUACAACUAUUCCUCCUGGUAGUCAAGAUCUUCUACUUAAGGCUGUGUCUCUCCAACCAGUCUCAGUUGCCAUUGACAUUCAUGGAGAUGCCUUUCAACAUUUCGGUACUGGGGUGUUCCAGGGUCCAUGCAGGGACGACGUGAACCAUGCUGUAACAAUUAUUGGGUACGGGACGAGUGAAGACGGACUCGACUAUUGGCUAAUUAAGAAUUCAUGGGGACUGGACUGGGGUGACAAUGGAUACAUGAAAAUCUUGAGAUCUCCCGUCGUUGCGGGAAAAGGGGAUCUUUGUGGCCUUGGUGUAGCUUACUAUCCCACUGCAUAACUAUAAUCAAAACCUUCAGUUACAACCGGACAGACAUGUCGUUUCUUCUUUAAUUAAGAGUUUCCUACAAUACGAUUUCGUUGUUGAUCAAUGUUUGAUAAUAAGGUGCCGAUUAUGGCCCUGAUCACAGCUAUGGGGAUGUAGAGAGAUCAAGAAUUGGGAUUAGUGGCGGAACCGGGAUGUAAUAUUUGCCCUAGUUUAAGGCUUGUAUUAUUACUUAUUAGUAUAUAUGCCUCGUACUUGUAACUUGUGUGACGCUCGUGUAAAAUAAAAGUAAAAUAUGUAUGAUUUUAUUUUAAAAAAGACUUGACAAUAUUGAGUAUA